AUGUGUCUUUCUUUUUUUAUAGCUUUCUAUCCUUCCAUACAUCUUACAUUUGCUCUCUCAAUUUGUUUUUUAUUUUUUCUUCUAUUUUUUUUAUUUUCUCUCUUUUUCUUUCCAACUUUUCACUUUUCUUUCUUUCUUACUUUUUCUACUUCACUCUACAUUUUUUUCUUUAAUUUCUGUUUCCAAAAGACUUGUGGUGUCCAUUUUUCUUUUUGUUUUUUAUUUUCUCUCUUUUCAUUCCUUGUUUUCCCUUUUCUUUUCUUCUGUCUUCUUUCAGACGCCACUUCCUACGUUAGUUUAAUUGUUCUGACUUAUUUUCUUUUCGAUAUAUAUUUUUUUUUGUAUCGUUCUUCUUUCUUCUUUCCAUUCUGUGGUUUAAUUAUUCUUUCCAUUAUAUUUGUUCAUUUUUUGGAUUUAUUCUGCCCUAUUCGUUCUUUUUUCUUUGUUUUUGCUUCUUUCUUUCUUUUUCAAUUGGCAGUUACCUUGUCUUCCUUUGGCUUCUUUCUUUCCUUCUCUCCUCAAUUGAGAGAUUCGUUUUUCUUUGCAAUUGAUAGUUACGUUUUUUCUUUCUUUCUUUCUUUUUACUUUUUUCAUUCGACAAUUACACUGGUCUUUAUUUUGCUUCUUUUUUUCCUUCUCUCCUCAAUUGAUAGAUUCUUUUUUUCUGUCUUCCUUUAUUUUUGCUUCUUUCUUUCUUUUUUCAUUUAUUUAUUCAUUCAUUCGUUCAACACUACCUUAGUCUUUAUUUUGCUUCUAUUCCUCUUCUCUGUAAUUGAUAGAUUCGUUCUUUCUUUCUUUCCUUCCUUCUUUCUUUCUUUCUUUCUUUCUUUCUUUCUUUCUUUCUUUCUUUCUUUUAAUCAAAUCGUAUUUUCUUUCUUCUUUUAUUCACCAUUUCUUUCGUUUUGUUCAAUCUGUAUCCUUUCUUCAUUUUAUUUCUUCUAUUCCCUUUCUCUUCAUUAUAUUCAGUCCUUUUUCUUUUCUUUUUUUUUUCAUAUCUUUCUCUUUCGCUUUCUUUAUGAAUUUUUUCGCUUUUCGCUCUCAUUGACUAUUUACUUCAUUCUCUCUCUCCUCUCUCUCUCUCUCUCUCUCUCUCUCUCUCUGACUCUAUUUUUCAUUCUUACUCUCUUCCUGUCAUUUUUUCUUUCUUUCUUUUUUCCUAUAUUCCUUUUUCUUUUCUUUUCUUUUUUUUUUAACUUUGCCCCUUUAUGGUCUUAUAAUCGCUGUAUCUCCUUCCUUCUCUCUUUUCCUUUAAUUUCUUCCUCUUUCUCUUUCUCGCUCUCUGUGUGUCUAUCUCCAUGUCUCUUUCUCUUUCUCUUUCUCUUUCUCUCACGAUUUCUUUCUUUCUUUUUACGCUUUACUUCUCCUUUAUUGCGCUUGAUAAGCCGUAAAACUUACAUUUUUUCAUUGCCUCUGUUUAAAUUGUUGUCUCUUUUCUUCGUUUCUUCAUUUUUCGUUUCUUUAUUCUUCUCUUUUCUUCAGUUUUUUCUCUCUAUCUGUGUCUUUCUCUCUCUCUCUGUCGCUCUCUAUGUCUGUGUGUUUCUUUUCGCUCUCUCCCGGUCUGUCUGUCUGUCUGUCUGUCUGUCUCUCUCUCUCUCUCUCUCUCUCUCUCUCUCUCUCUCUUUCUAUGAGCCAAUUUUAUCAUCAAUAUUUUACAAUGCCUCUCUCGAUCUUUCUAUCUUUCUCUCUCCUUUGAUGAUACUCGCUGCCACGGAAUGUUGCUCUCUCUCUCUCUCUCUCUCUCUCUCUCUCUCUCUCUCUCUCUCUCUCGUCUUUUUCUCGGCCGUGGGUCGCUAA